CAGAAAUGUGUUCGAGAUUGUUACUUUAGUUUCAAAUUCUUGGGUAAUUUGACUACAGGCCAAAAUCGUGUCCAGCAUUAUUGAAUAAUGAUUGUACAAUCCAUCAAACCUUGUCCAUUAAGGUGACGUGUUAUUGACAGUGAUAAUUGAUGGAGAACAUUAGCAGUUGUAACGCCGUAUGUUGGCCACUUUUCUCAACCUUUUAUUAUUACUAAAGUCAGUCUUUGAACUAGAAAUCAAGAAUUACGGUACCAGUAUUUUUCGGCAGUAUGCAUCGUAACCAAUCUCUUCUUAUAAUUGUUACCCUAGUUUUUUUAUUACUUGGAGGCGGUACCGGUUCACUGAAAUCGAUUCUAGAAACUGGAAGAGAUUUUCACGUUGAACAAUCGUCAAACUGGAUCGUAUUCUUCUACCGGAAGUGUCUGGUGAAUGCCGGAAACCCGAUUGUAUUGGCUGGAAACAUCAAUAAAAAAAUGACAGUUUCUAUCCACCGUUCGAUGAAGACGACGAUCAUCUUAUUCACGGAACCAGUCACGACCCUGGAUCAAAUUUACUCCAGGACGAAGGGGACCAGUCACUUUUAUGACAAAAGACACUUCCGGUACCAGUCGAAGGCGGGGGGCUUCUUGGUGGCCGCAAAGUCUCGGCCAGUCCUGGGGGUCAUGAUAGAUAAACUGAAGACUUCGAGGUGGUGGAAUCACUCGGCACUCUUCAUAAUCAUCGGUGAAGAAUCUGAUAACCACGGAUGCCACAACGCCUACAGCUUUCUCUGGACGGCCUGGCAAGCUGGUAUGCUUUCGGCGGUGUAUUUGUGCCGCGAAAAGGAAACUGCAGGCCUGACUCUCUUCGCUUACCAUCCCUUCAGAGACCAUGUUCCAACCGCCGGUUGGGAGAGGGUGGCGAGUUACGCAGGACGGAAUGGUCAUCCUUGGACUCUUUUCCGGCGGCAACUCGAUGAGAUUACUGAAAAAACGUACGCGAUUAACUGCGGUGAAAUAUUGUUCGAGAAGACUGCGAACCUGAACGGAUAUCCGGUGCGUGUUAACGCGAUGAACAUAUCGCCGAAGCUUACGUUUUCGGCGAUGAACGAUGCGGACACUCUCAAAGUGCACAGCUACUCCGGGGAAGACGGCUGGCUGGCUUCGACUCUUUGGAGCUUCUUGAACGUCACUUUAAUUCAUGUACCCUACAACGGUGAUUGGGGAAUGGGAUUUACUGAGGCGAAUGGCUCCCACUUCGGAAUGAAGGCCGACAUCGCGAGUGGCAGGGUCGACAUUGGGCUUAACCAGCGUUACGCGCAGCCGGAUUUCGGCCUGGGAACGACCUAUCCUCACAUCAGUGCGAGCUAUUGCUUCAUGACUAAAUCCAAGGAGAACGUUCCCUUCCUGGUUGAUUUGACGAGGGGCAUGAACUGGUGGAUCGGACUGCUGACUUUGGGCUCUGCUUUGGUGCUGACGCUGUUGUUGGACUGCCUCGAAGGCCGAGGGUAUCGAUACGCCUGGUUAAACGUACUGCGAAUUGUCAUUUCGAACAGUCUGAUACGACCCCCGCGUCGGUUUUCGGCCAGAUUACUAUUCUUGGGAGGCAUGCUGGUUUGCGGUACGAUGAAUGUACUCUUUCAAGGAAAGAUGUCAGCUCUCGUUGCCAAGCCCAGGAGCUACGAGAACAUUGAGACUCUGGAUGAGCUCGAAAAAUUCGGAUUCGAUAUGCACGGUUUUAUCUCUUUCAAGAAGUUUAUAUGGCGUGAUCGACUUCGGGAGAGAUUUGUGGAUUCCCAAGAUGACCUUGAGUGCUUUAAACGCGUUAUCGACGGCCUACCCAUCGCUUGUGCUGGUCACUGCAUCAAUCUUUGGGAACAGUCUAAACUGGAUAACAGAUUUCAUGUUGCCGAAGAGCUCAUUUUACGAUACUAUAGCUACUAUUUGACCAGAACCGAUUGGCCUCUUCUACAACGCGUUGAUGUCCUCAUCUCUAGGAUGGUGUCGGCUGGUUUACCAAAUAUUUGGAGACGCUUUACGCUGUGGAAUGUCAAGGUCAGGACUCACUCGAUAGAUCGCAAUUCGUCAUAUCCUGAGACUUGGCUCGUCAAACUCAAUGAUCUUCACAUCUUGUUCUACGCUUAUAUGAUGGCCCUGUUUUUUGCUCUGCUUGUCUUCGCUAUCGAACUAGUAUGCUCCAGAUGGAUGAGAAGGAAGUAAAAU